AUGGCGGACCCUCGCGAGUCCUCAUCGUACUCGGUCAUUCCCAGAAUUCGAUACAACACUGUUGGCGGCGUCAACGGUCCCCUCGUCAUCCUCGAUAAUGUUAAAUUUCCGCGAUACAAUGAGAUCGUGACACUCACUCUUCCCGAUGGCACUGAGCGCUCAGGCCAAGUCUUGGAAGCUCGAGGUGAUCGAGCUGUCGUCCAGGUCUUUGAGGGUACUUCCGGCAUCGAUGUGAAGAAGACCAAGGUUCAGUUUACAGGCCAGAGUUUGAAAAUCGGUGUCUCUGAAGACAUGCUUGGUCGUAUCUUUGAUGGUUCCGGUCGAGCUAUUGAUAAGGGCCCCAAGGUGUUGGCUGAAGAUUAUCUUGACAUCAACGGUUCUCCUAUUAACCCUUAUUCUCGUGAAUAUCCCGAGGAGAUGAUUUCCACAGGUAUCUCUGCCAUUGACACCAUGAACUCGAUUGCCCGAGGACAAAAGAUUCCCAUUUUUUCCGCCUCUGGUCUACCUCACAACGAAAUCGCUGCCCAGAUUUGCCGACAGGCUGGCCUCGUCCAGAAGCAGGGCAUCACUAACAAGGGCGUUCAUGACGGCCACGAGGAGAAUUUCUCGAUCGUCUUCGGUGCUAUGGGUGUUAACUUGGAAACUGCCCGUUUCUUCACCCGCGACUUUGAGGAAAACGGCAGUCUGGAGCGUGUUACACUCUUCCUGAACCUCGCCAACGAUCCUACCAUCGAACGUAUCAUUACUCCUCGUCUUGCUCUUACCACUGCCGAAUAUUACGCCUACCAACUCGAGAAGCACGUUUUGGUCAUCCUUACCGAUCUUUCUGCUUACUGUGAUGCUCUCCGAGAAGUUUCAGCCGCUCGAGAAGAAGUUCCCGGUCGUCGCGGAUACCCUGGUUACAUGUACACUGAUUUGUCCACCAUCUACGAACGAGCCGGUCGUGUUGAGGGCCGCAAUGGUUCCAUUACUCAGAUUCCCAUUCUGACCAUGCCCAACGAUGAUAUCACCCACCCCAUUCCUGAUCUGACAGGUUACAUUACCGAGGGUCAGGUGUUCAUUGACCGAGCUCUGGACAACCGUGGAAUCUACCCGCCCAUCAAUGUUCUGCCUUCGCUGUCCCGUCUGAUGAAGUCUGCCAUUGGUGAGGGCAUGACUCGAAAGGACCACGGUGAUGUUUCGAACCAACUGUACGCCAAGUACGCUAUUGGUCGUGAUGCCGCAGCCAUGAAGGCUGUCGUUGGUGAGGAGGCCUUGUCUGCUGAGGACAAGCUGUCCCUCGAGUUCUUGGAGAAGUUCGAGCGUCAGUUCAUCAGCCAGGGCCAGUACGAGUCUCGAUCUAUUUAUGAGUCUCUGGACCUUGCAUGGAGCCUUCUCCGUAUUUACCCUAAGGAGUUGCUCAACCGUAUUCCCGCCAAGGUUCUCAACGAGUUCUACCAGCGAGCUGCAAAGGAGUCUAAGGCCAAGGGUAAGGCUCGGGCAGAUACUGAGGCCCGAAGCCAGCAGCAGACGGAAGAGAACCUUAUUGACGCAUGA